UCUUUACGUCUCUGCUCCGGAUGGCUGGCCCACUGCGCAGUGCGGCCUCUGACAACAACAGUGAUUGGUCUGUGAGAAUAAACAGGUAUAAUGCGUCUUAAUCCAAUUCUUGCUACAGGGGUGCCUGCUCCUACUGUCAAUAUGGAGCUCAUUGACUUCCUCAAGGACACUCCUUGUUUUGUGGUCUCAACUGGCCCUUCUCUGGAUAGUUUUAAGGAUUUAUUUCUGAAAUGAGGGGAUUGAUGCUCUGUGUUUUUGCCCUGGCGAUGUUAACAGCUUCUGCAGAUGAGGACGAUCAGGAGGAGGAGCAACGGGAGGAGGAGGGACCUCUGCAGUGUUUCCGCUGUGACCUGGGCUUCUGGGACGCCUGCUACACCACCAAAACCAACUGCAACAUCGGGGAGAGGUGCUACACUGGCCGAGGGAAGGCAGGUGAUGUGUUGGACGUUAAGUUGCUGGGCUGUGUCAAGGUGAAGGAGUGUGAGCUGGUGACCAGUGUGGAGAUCUUCUCCAACACAACCAUCUACGUGAUGACCAAGCACUGCUGCGACACACACUUAUGCAACACCGGACACACACUACCCCUCAACACACUCCUCUCCCUGGCACUGACAACAAUAACCAUCAUCCACCUCUCCUUUCCCCGACAGUGACUACAGUAACCAUUAUCCUCGCCCUCAACAGGACUACAAUAACCAUGAUCCUCACCUUCAAGACUACAAUACCACCAUGCGUCAUUCAGUCCCCAGCAGCUCACAAAAAAUUCUGUUAAUUUUCUGUGUUUAUUUGUCAAGGAAUAUGGACAGUAAUUAACACAUAUGUGGAUGUGCCAGAUUAAGGCAAAAGGCUCAUGUUAAACCCUUAGAAGCUGUCUCUGGGCUUUGGGCAAACUUGAUUAGACGGUUUUAUGGAAUACAAUUUAGAAUAAAUGUAAAGUAACUUUCUCAUUCUGUUGUUGGCAUAAACUAGAAAAAAUAUUUUAAUUUCUAUCAUAUUUAUUGAACAUUUUGAAUUGUAACUGUGAAUAACAUAAUAUUAAUUUACAUUGUCCUCAGUCUUGGUCGGGAUAUUUUAAACACAUCAAAAUUACUUUUAUGUUCUCAUCCAAACUGAAAUAUUUCCAUAGAGAAUACUACAGUAUCUCCCAUUGACUUUAGUGUUAUGGUAAAUCCUAUAGUAGUACGCCUCACUCUCUCAGACCCAUAGGCACAGAUCUAGGAUAAUCUUAACCUCUCUAAAAUCAUCAGCAUCUUGGGGCAACUUCCUCCUACGCCAUAUCCUACAGUUAGUGAAGCUGAGGUCAUACUGGACAGUGUUUCAGUGUAUCUCCCAUUGACAACAGUACACUCUUUUUAAAAAAAGGUGCUAUCUAGAACAUAAAAGGGUUCUUUGGCUGUCC